CAGGGACCACAGCCUGUCCCUCCUUGCCAUGACUGGUGGUUAAUCAGCAGCCCGGCCACCAUGGGAGGGCCCUGGUGGGUGGAUAAAGGCCCCACCAGGCACCGGAGGGCAGUGUCCUUCCUCCCCUGCAUCCACCCCGUGAGAGGAGCGCCAGGAUCAAGGCCCAGAUCAUGUCCCAGCUGGUGGAAUGCGUUCCCAACUUCUCAGAGGGGAACAACCAGGAGGUGAUUGACGCCAUCUCUCGCGCCGUGGCGCAGACCCCGGGCUGUGUGCUGCUGGACGUGGACGCUGGCCCCUCCACCAACCGCACGGUCUACACGUUCGUAGGGCAGCCCAAGGACGUGGUGGAGGGGGCCCUCAAUGCCGCCCGGGUUGCCUUCCAGCUCAUUGAUAUGAGGCAGCACAAAGGGGAGCACCCUCGGAUGGGCGCCCUGGACGUGUGCCCCUUCAUCCCUGUGAGGGGCGUCAGCAUGGAUGAGUGUGUGCUCUGUGCCCAGGCCUUCGGUCAGCGGCUGGCCGAGGGGCUGGGUGUGCCAGUGUACCUCUAUGGCGAGGCGGCGCGCACAGCCAGUCGCCGGACCCUGCCUGCCAUCCGGGCUGGGGAGUACGAGGCCCUCCCUGAGAAGCUCAAGCAGGCUGAGUGGGUGCCCGACUUCGGCCCCAGCUCCUUUGUCCCCAGCUGGGGGGCCACUGUCACGGGGGCACGGAAGUUCCUCAUUGCGUUCAACAUCAACCUGCUCAGCACCAAGGAGCAGGCCCACCGCAUCGCCCUCAACAUUCGGGAGCAGGGGCGUGGGAAGGACAAGCCAGGACGCCUGGAAAAGGUUCAGGGCAUUGGCUGGUACCUGGAUGAGAAGAACCUGGCCCAAGUGUCCACAAACCUCUUGGACUUUGAGGUCACAGCACUGCAUACGGUCUACGAGGAGACCUGCAGAGAAGCCCAG